CCCGCGGGCGAAGCGGCACUCGGCACCGCGCGCGCCCGGACCAGCAGCCGCGAGCCGGCACCAUGGGCUGCGACGUCCGCGUGUCAGGGCUGCUCCGCCGCAACCUGCAGCCCACGCUCACCUACUGGAGCGUCUUCUUCAGUUUCGGCCUGUGCAUCGCCUUCCUGGGGCCCACGCUGCUGGACCUGCGCUGCCAGACGCACAGCUCGCUGCCCCAGAUCUCCUGGGUCUUCUUCUCGCAGCAGCUCUGCCUCCUGCUGGGCAGCGCCCUCGGGGGCGUCUUCAAGAGGACCCUGGCCCAGUCGUUAUGGGCUCUCUUCACCUCUUCUCUGGCCAUCUCCCUGGUGUUCGCCGCCAUCCCCUUCUGCCGAGACGUGAAGGUGCUGGCCUCAGUCAUGGCGCUGGCAGGCCUGGCCAUGGGCUGCAUCGACACCGUGGCCAACAUGCAGCUGGUGAGGAUCUACCAGAAGGACUCGGCGGUCUUCCUCCAGGUUCUCCAUUUCUUUGUGGGCUUUGGUGCACUGCUGAGCCCCCUUAUCGCUGACCCCUUUCUGUCUGAGGCCAGCUGCUUGCCCACCAACAGAACAGCCAACGCCACCUCCGGCAGCCACCUGCUCCAUGCCUCCAGGGUCCUGGCCCACCACCAUACUGGGGCCCAGCCUUGGUCCAACCAGACGCUCCCUGGGCUGACCCCACAGGACGGGGCAGGGGCCCGCGUGUCCUACGCCUUCUGGAUCAUGGCCCUGAUCAAUCUCCCGGUGCCCAUGGCUGUGCUGUAUCUGCUGUCCAAAGAGCGGCUGCUGACCUGCUGCCCUCAGAGGAGGCCCCUACUCCUGUCUGCAGAUGAGCUCACCCUGGAGACGCAGCCUCCUGAGAAGGAAGACACUUCCUCGCUGCCCCCUAAGUUUCACCCAGGGCAUGAGGACCUGUUCAGCUGCUGCCAGAGGAAGAACUUCAAAGGAGUCCCUUCUUCUUUCUUCGCCAUCCACAUCACAGCCGCCCUGGUCCUGUUCAUGACCGACGGCUUGACGGGGGCAUACUCCGCCUUUGUGUACAGCUAUGCAGUAGAGAAACCGCUGUCUGUGGGACACAAGGUGGCCGGUUACCUCCCCAGCCUCUUCUGGGGCUUCAUCACUCUGGGUCGGCUCAUCUCCAUUCCCAUCUCCUCAAGAGUGAAGCCAGCUACCAUGGUUUUCGUCAAUGUGGUCGGCGUGGUGGUGACGUUCCUGGUGCUUCUUGUUUUCUCCUACAACGUCGUCUUCCUGUUCGUGGGGACAGCCAGUCUGGGCCUGUUCCUCAGCAGCACCUUUCCCAGCAUGCUGGCCUACACCGAGGACAUCCUGCAGUACAGAGGCUGUGCGACCACAGUGCUGGUAACAGGGGCAGGCGUUGGUGAGAUGGCCCUCCAGAUGCUGGUUGGUUCGAUAUUCCAGGCUCAGGGCAGCUAUAGUUUCCUGGUCUGUGGCGUGAUCUUUGGUGGCUUGGCUUUUACCUUCUAUAUCUUGCUGCUGUUUUUCCACAGGAUGCACCCUGGACUCUCAUCAGUUCCUACCCAGGACAAAGCACUUGGAAUGGAAAGCCUGGAGUGCUACCAGAGGUAAAACUAGAUGAAGGAGGCUGGCGAAGACUUCUGGCCUCUUGAGCACCAGCUCAGGUCAAAGGGCUGAAGAAAGCUGGGGUGGCAGUGGAGGCAACCUCUCGACGCCUUGGUUCCGAUCUUCACUAAUACUUGGUUGGGUAGAAGAAAUUAAAUUGAGUUCUGGUACCUGGGUCCUCCCUGGGCAAAUCAUUAGAUGUUUACCUGGCUAUUCAAGUUCCUCUCCUCUUCCCUGGCUCAGACUUUUGGUAAGAGCGGGCUAGGAUACCCAGCUGGGAAGGAAGAAGACAGCUAGAUGCUUCACUCCACUGGCCGCCUCCUUCAUGGACCACACCCUGGGUUUGAAGAUCACUCUUGGUUGAAGUUUGAAAAAAUAAGUUGAAAUUAUAAAGAGCGAUGAUCAUUGCUAUAUGUAGAUAGACUUUAAAUUAAUCAAAACAAACCCCAAGUUAUUCCCUGGCAUGCUCAAAGGAUUUAUGUGCUUUUACUUAUUAUAGUCCAAAGGCCCUCCAACUCCUGCUGCUGCUGUCAGUAGUUCGUCUGUAAUCUAAAACAUCGAAAGGAAAAGUUGAAUCUUGCUACCUUUGGGGCACUUCAGUGGUAUGCUGGGCUAGCUCAUACCAGCUUAUAAAAGCCAAUUGUUAAGUUUUCAUUUUGAGAGCUGGUUGUUAAACCCAGCCAUUAUUUAAAAUUAAAUUAGAGAAACUUA